AUACUUGCUGAAGAUGGAGAUAUUACAAGCACGUGAAUUACUGAGCGGAAAAUGGACAAAUAUCCUAUUGGUACUGAUAUUAACUUACUUAGCCAUAAUUACAACUAAAUAUAUCAAAGGUCUUGUCUAUCUCUGGAAUUCAUUCAGGGGAUUCCCAGAACCGGUAAAGGAAAGGCAUUGGUUAUUCGGUCAUAUACUUAUAUUUGCAGGCAAAACCUCUAGAUUAGACAAAAUUUUGGAAUGGACUGCACAAUUUCCAAAAAUGUUCAUUACAUGGGUUGGACCAACCAGGGUUCGCGUAAUUCUUCAUCACCCAGAAUCUAUCAAAAAAGUUCUCGUCACUUCAGAUCCUAAACCUGUCGGUUUUGGUGAGCCUUACAGACACGGUUUACCUUGGCUUGGGGAGGGACUUCUGAUUUCCAGUGGCAGAAAAUGGAGGCGAUCAAGGCGCAUGCUUACACCUGCCUUUCAUUUUGACAUUUUGAGACCCUACGUGAAAAUCUAUAAAAGCUGUGCAGAGUUAUUAAUGAGAAACCUCAUGCAACAGAGUGAUACGGGAAAAAGUAUUGAAAUUUACAAUCUUGUAAGCUCCUGUACGUUGGACAUCAUACUCAGAUGCGCCUUCUCUUACAAAACAGACUGUCAGGAAAUAAGAGGGAACACUCAUCCUUACGUAACUGCAGUUCAAGAGAUAGCUAUACAAUGGCUUCUGAGAAAUAAGUCGCCUUGGCUGCAUUCAGAUUUCAUAUUCUACAGAACGAAACAAGGACGAAAGUUCAAGGAAAAUUGUGACUAUGUUCAUAAGGUGGCAGAAGAUAUUAUAAACAAGCGACGUCGAGAAAUAGAAAACAAGGACUUGUCAUCCAAAAAGUAUCUGGACUUUCUUGAUAUACUUUUAACGGCUAAGGAUGAAAAUGGAGAGGGGUUGACAAAAGAAGACAUCCGUAACGAAGUGGACACGUUCUUAUUUGAGGGACAUGAUACUACGGCUAGUGCCAUCUCGUGGAUUCUAUAUUCAUUGGCUGAGCAUCCCGAGCAUCAAAAACGCUGUCAGGAGGAAAUUGACAGGGUUGUUAGUGAAACCAAGUCUGGGGAACUCGAAUGGGAAGACUUAGGGAAACUGAAAUAUCUUACUCUUUGUAUAAAAGAGGGAAUGAGGCUUCACACCCCUGUCCCUGGGGUCUCUAGAGUUAACAGCCAGCCAAUCCAGGUAGAUGAGUGUGAAAUUCCCACAGGUAGCAUAAUACUCCUAAACUUCUACUCACUGCAUCACAACCCAACAGUCUGGGGGAAAGAUCACAUGGAAUUCAAACCUGAGAGGUUCACUAAAGAACAUUCAGAAGGAAGAGAUCCGUUUGCAUUUUGUCCAUUUUCUGCAGGACCUAGAAAUUGCAUUGGCCAAAACUUUGCAAUGAACGAGGAAAAAAUAGUUUUAGCGACACUUUUGCAAAAGUUAUCUUUUACACUGGACAAAGAACACCAUGUGGAAAAGGUGAUAGCUGCUGUUAUGCGGCCCACAGAUGGAAUCAAGUUAUAUGUUCAUUCGAGAUGAAUGAAACGUGCAAGACAUUCAUGUUAUUUUUAAAUAAAGUGUUUUAAGACACCUCUCCAUUAGAAAACUCUUAAACCUCAGUGAUCAAAUGCAAUAUGAAGCACAAAACUGGGAAGUUUUAUGAAAACAGAAUAUUGUUGAAUUUGUCAAUCAUCUACAGGAAUUAUGAAAUAAGUGGUGCUAAGGUAUUCUAGUCAAAAUAAAAAUUGGAAAUACAUAAAUAAAAUUCAUGUACAAUGCACAUUAUAAAUAACAUACAUACAAAUUGUAUU